AGUGUCGUGCGCCUAUCCCGUACUGUGUCCAACCAAAAAACUCUGCGAGACUGAAACAAACAGCAUCCCAAAAAUUGAAAUAUAGAAAAUGGGAGUAGAGAGAGAGAGAAAGAGCACUACUAAGAAAGAAACCCACGCACCACUACCCCAACUACUGGUACUGGAAAAGAACCACGUCGCCACUUAAAAGUUGCUACGACCACUAUAUAUGGUAACUCCAAAAAAACACAGGACUACCAUUCCAAGACACCUGUCCCUAAUAACGGUAUCACUCGAAAAGAACCAACUCCAAACAUUUGGCUCCUCUCUUUCACUUACUAAAUAUUCUCUCUUGUUUUACUCGGUCUUUCCAUUCACUCCGCAGGAUCCGCAUAUUAACAGAAAGCAAAGCCUUCUCUGAAUUGGACGUGAUCAACAAAAAUCAAAUGCAAACACAUACCCCAUCAUUUCAGUGCUGCCAAAAAGCUUCACCAUUGUUGCAAGUUGAUUUCUUUUCUCUUCCUCAGAGGUUCCAGCAUCUGAGUUAGGUGGUGGAAACAAAAUUAAACAACCAUGACCCUUAAGGGUGGAACCACACAGGCCUGCGCUGCAUGCAAAUUUCAGAGAAGAAAGUGCACUCCUGAGUGUCUUCUUGCACCAUACUUCCCUGCAGACCAACCAAAAGUGUUCCUUAAUGUCCACAAGCUAUUUGGGGUGAGCAACAUUGUGAAAAUAUUAAAGGACGUGGAUCCUAGUCAGAAGAAGAAUGCUAUGGAGUCCAUCAUCGUUCAAGCUAGUUAUCGCGAUAAGUACCCGGUUCGUGGUUGCGUGGAAGAAAUUUGCAGGCUGCAAAACCAAAUUUGGCUGCACGAAGAAGAGCUUCAUGCUGUGUAUCAGCAGCUUGAGAUGUGCAGGCAACACCAACAGCAGCAGCACCAAGGGAUUCAUCACGUUGUUCCUGAUGAUCUUGCAUCACAGUUAGAGUUGGGAAUGGCGCCACGCGCUGCCAACAAUGCUCUUCCGCUGUUUAAUCACGCGCCACAGCCCCAGCAGCAGCAGCAGCAACAGGUUUACAAUACUUCUGUGGCUGCUUUGCCUGUGUCACAGCAACAUUCAUAUUCCAACAGCAACAGUGUGGAUUAUAACUCCCUUUACAUUGAAUCCAAGGAAAACAACAAUAAUGGAACAAAUCCUUUGUGGGUACCUUAUGCAAAUAACAAUGGAAGUCCCAUAGCAAUGCAGUCUCAGAUGGUUACCUCACAGGCACUAUCCAUGCAGCAAGAAGCUGCUGGGGAUUAUGAUGAGAUGCAUCCAUUUUUCGAAACAAUUGAUGAUAGGCAAUCAUAUAUUUAUUCCAAGGAGGCUUAUGAAUCAAGCUCAGAAGAAUCAUUGAAAGAUUCAAGAAAGUGCACCGAGCACGUUGCUGAGAAUGAAUUGAAGAGUGCUGCCGCAUGCUUCAGCCUUACCAGUGUCAACUGAUAAGUGAGCUUCGCUCCUCCCCUUGAACAAAUUGAAAAGAUCUAAUAGGUUUCCUUUCCUUUUUGGAUUCAUUUUUUGCUUUUGAUUAUUAAAUUUUCGAUCCUUAACUUGUAAACAUUUUAAAUAGAAGCACAUACUUUUUAUCAUCUAUCAAUUGCAUGGCUUAUGUAGUGGAAGAGAAUAUUAUACAGACCUCAUGUUUUCCUCAAUUCUGUGUUCUGUUUAUAUGCUUUGGCUGUUAUCUACUGCCAUUCUUAAAUGUUAACACUUUGAGGGCUGACAUACCCAUACAAAGGCUCUAUUUUCGGGGAGAAAAAAAUCAGCAUAACUCCAUACAAAUUUGGGAGCAACUUUAUAUAUUUCCUUCCAAUAUUUAUUAACAUCAUCUCGGAAAAAAAAAAUACUUAUUUCAAUAACAAAGCCUUAUGAAUCAAGAAAAAGCUAACUGUGCCGUCACAGGCCUAAGCCAUAUCGAGCAUCAUUAUAUGAGAAAUUGAAAGGAGACAUAACAUGAAAAAGCAAGUAAAGAAUAUAAAUCAAGCACCAGUAUGGUGGUUAAAUUAAUAUUUUCUUAAAAACAUUGUAGGCCAUUCUUCUAUUAUACACUUUUAACACUAUAAAAAAGACUUUCUACUCUGUUUUUUCAACAAAGCAAGUAAAUCUGGAAACAAUAUGGUAAUUCAUUUUGUUAAAAAUAUAACUCCGGAACAUUCUUCUGUUGUCAUAAGUGAAGAAGGCUUAAAUAAAUCAAAGUAUUAAACACUCAUUUGACAAUCAAUACGCUAACUGAAGUGCACUGGAGGGUUGGAUAUAUCUGAAUCAACAUAUGGCACAAUAUGAAGAUCUUUGCUAGAGUAACUUCAAUGUACUUAAAUCUACCAGACCAUGCAUGCAUUUUGAAACUAGAGGUUAACUGCCUUCCUAUUUGUUGUACAUGUUAUAACUAUUUCUGUAUUUGAAGAUCACUGACUAAGUAAUAAAUAGUUUUCUUCAGGAUUGCUGUUUAUUGGUUCUAUCUUCUAUGCAUUGAUGAGGGCUCUUCAAUAUCAAAUAAGAAAAUACUAAUAUUAUUUGCUUUUCAUGUUGUAAAUAAUUAUCCAUCUCCAUAUAUUAUCAAAAUGUGAGAAGUGUGGUAUUCCUUGGGUGCACUGAGUCUGAACCUCAUUAUUAGUGUCUGGGAAAAACUUCUAUGAUUGAAACUAGCAAAUUACUGUUGGAAAAUAUGGAUCAAUAUCACUCACCAAGUUCCUCCUUUUUGAAGUUUUUGUUUCAUUAAUGAAGCCUUUUUAGAUUCAAAUUUAUUAUUGAAAAUAAAACAAGAAAUGUAACCAGCAGAAAAUUACAAGAACUAUAACAAGUCUUUUUUCUAGUAGGGUAGGGUCAUAUAUCAAACAAUGCCUAUGAUUUUGGGCAAAGACCUAGUCUCCGUAGUAACCAUUUCUCCUUUCUUUUAUCAUAUUACAAAAUUAAAAGUAUAGAAAGUAUUGUAAAUGCAUUCACUAAUUCUUUAUGCCAGUCCUAGUGUCACUAUGUGCUGUACACAUCAACUUCUAGCCUCUGUACUUCUCAAUUAAAAUCAUACACAAACCUAUAACUUCCUUAUUAUAGUUUUUUCUGGUUGUGGUCAAACAGACGAACACUGCUGCUGUAGUGCUGUAUGAAAUGAUCAAAUAUGUCAAAAUUAUAGUUUAUGAAGUUUAGGCUUAUCCCUCACUCCUUUAAUUUGCCAGUAUAUCUGAUAUCAUCUCAGCUUUCUUGGCAGCCACUAAAGAUGGCAAUAGGUAGAAUAAGGUGAGUUUUGACCCAACCUGACUAUACCCCACACACUUUUAAACAAAUCUCAAUAUCCACCCAAGACAUCUUGCAGGUCCUAAAUGAAAAAUACUCGCACCUUAUGAACCAAGAUAGAACUAAAGCAACACCAGCACUAGAAGGCAAAUCGCUAUGAAUGGAAAGUUAUGGCUAGCAUUUCUUGAUUUGUAAACUGAUCAUGCAUUGAUGAUUCUUGAUAAUUGCGGAGCAAGAUUAGAUUUUAAAUCAGUACAUCUCAUAGGUAACAAGAUAACUGUUUUUGCAUCAGAAUACUAUUAUUUUGGCUUAUGCCAUAGAAGGCAAACUUCAAAACAUAAAGUACAAUAUAAUGUUUUAAUA